AUGGACGGCGCACGCAGCAUAGGCGCGAGGUUGAUCCUCCUAGCCCUCUUCUUUACCACAACCACCUGGGCCCAUUCCUGGGUCGAACAGCUCAUGGUCAUCGCACCAAACGGCAGCUUUGUCGGCGCCCCCGGCUACCCUCGAGGCAACGUCCUCCGCUCCAAUCCCGCAUUCAGCGACACAGCCUUGACCUACUUGGCCGAGGACUACCUGUGCAAGGACACGCAGCGCACACAAACACAAACGGAGGGAAGUCCCCGACUCCAGGCGAGCGCCGGCGCCGCCAUCGCCCUCCGCUUCCAAGAAAACGGGCACGUCACACUCCCAGAGACACAAGCGGGAAAACCACAGAACCGCGGCACCGUCUACGUCUACGGAACAACCUCGCCCAAGGACGAUGAGAAGCUCGCAGAUGUACACAAGGUCUGGAACGAAGCGGGGACAGGCGGCGACGGACGCGGCGUGCUCCUCGCCAAACGAGACUACGACGACGGCCGCUGCUACCAAGUCAACGGCGGCACUCUAUCCCAGCAACGACAGGCCGAAUUCCCGCACGAGGCGGACCAGUACAUGGGCGCUGAUAUCUGGUGUCAGUCGGACAUUGCGAUCCCAGCGAGCACGCCAUCUGGGCAGCCUUACACGAUCUACUGGGUGUGGGAUUGGCCUACGGCGGCCGGUGUAGAUCCGAACUUACCAAACGGCAAACAAGAGGUAUAUACAACGUGCAUGGACGUCGAUGUGGUCGCUGCAUCUGCGGAUCGGUCGCGGUUGGUGGUUGAAUAUGACCACGAGCAGUCGCUGAACCGGGCGUCAAUGCCCGAUCAGUUUGCGGAUAUCUUCAAUUCCAGGCCUGAGGACUCUGAGGACUCCGAGGGUGACACGGCGGAAAGCUCGUCUGUUCCUACUUCCUCAAACCCGGUGACAGCUGCACCGCAGUCGACAGGCGUUCCUCCGGUGGCCACGGUCACGGUGACUUCGUAUGUGACAUCGGUGGUUUGGGUCCGUCCGACUGGUCAUGCUAGGCGGGGUUGA